AGACGUCUACAUCGUACAUCUAUCUAUACGACAACAGCAUUCACAAAAAUGGCUAUCCCACAUACAAUCCAAGAACAACACCCGGCAGAUCCCCUCUUACUCCUCCCCAUCCCGGAAAAACUCCCGCCAUUACCGCUCCCGGCUUUACCAUCCCUCAUCUCCGCAUUCGAACCAUACAUCGACCCUUCCAAAGCUUCCUCCUCUUCCGAAAAUGAAGCAAUUGCUCUUCCCGUGCUAGUUUCAUCCAUGCGACAAAUCACAAGAAACGCGCAAGUUCUAUUAAACGCCGCAAGGCUAGGCGCAGCAGAGGCGAGGGAAGAGUUGGACGGGGUGGAUGUGAGGUUGAGAGAGGUGGAGUACGAGCGGAAUAGGAUAAGGGAGGAGACUGAGCGGUGUAUGAAUUAUGAAUCAUCACGCGAGCCAAUAGAUUUGCCUGAUGUGGAAACGUUUCUUGCGAGUGUGGACCAAAGUGUUUUGAAUACGUUGCCACCGAAAGAUGACGAGGGUUACGAACACGCUCUCACCAUUUUGCGAUUAGAACAUGAGCUCGAAGAGAUUCUCAAGAGGGAAGCUCAGGUAGCACAACUGACCAAAGAUCGGGAUGCGUAUAUUCGAGCAAAGAAGGAAAUCAAGAUCAAGACGGAUGCGGUGGACGUUCACUUGGCCGGGUUUGCCAGAACCGCCAAUGCUGUAGGCUCAAAGGUCAAAGACGUUGCAGAUGUCCAUGCUCCUUCAGUUUCCGGUCCUUCGACAUCAUGAUUAUUCGAAAGCCCAAGCUCCCUGUAGCAUUCACAGCAAGAAAAAAUUAUACCCAGCACUUUUUAUAUACCCGCCCCUAUCCAGAAAGUAAUCCGACUGGAGAUCAUGUAUAGACAGACAUGCAUGUUGUGCGAUAAGAGCGUUUAAAC